ACCAAUUACCAUCACCAUAACCAUCUCCACUAGCUGACUGCAAUGUCUACACCAGGGGAAUACUACAGAUCUCUACCACCAGUGAUCAAGACUUAUGGGGUACUCUGUCUGAUGACCACUAGUGCUUACUAUCUCCAACUUAUCGAUCCUUGGAACCUCGCAUUAUCUUAUGAGAGUGUCUUCAAACGUCUACAGAUAUGGAGGCUUAUUACAAAUUUCUUCUUCCUUGGUUCAUUUUCACUCCCAUUCGCAAUGCGUCUUUUGAUGCUUGCAAGAUAUGGUGUUUUAUUGGAGAAGGGACCGUUCGACAAAAGGACAGCAGACUUCCUAUGGAUGAUGAUCUUUGGGGCUCUAUCUCUCUUGGUGCUUGCUGCUGUUCCACUUCUGCGGUCUUCCUUCAUGGGAAUUUCUUUGGUCUUUAUGAUUGUCUAUGUUUGGAGCCGAGAGCACCCAAACGCACGAAUCAACAUCUAUGGUGUUGUGACAUUGAAGGGUUUCUACCUUCCCUGGGCAAUGCUUGCAUUGGAUUUGAUCUUCGGAAACCGUUUGAUGCCCGAUAUCCUCGGAAUGGUUGUAGGCCAUCUCUAUUACUUCUUGACAGUGCUACAUCCUCUUGCUGGUGGAAGGGACAUUCUAAAGACUCCUCUCUGGGUUCAUAAACUGGUUGUGUUUUGGGGUGAAGGAACCCAAAUCAACAGUCCAGUGCAACCCAAUCCUUCUGCUGGUGUCGCGUUCAGUGGAAGAGGUUAUCGCCUUGGUGGCCGCUAGCUUGUUUUAUUUUGAGGUUAAUGUAUAAGUCAACUU